UGUCCCGAACCCCCUCUCUCCUCCCCCUUCUUCCAUCCUUCCCCCCACACUCUCAAAUUAAUUCGGUUCAACCAAUUGUACUACAAUAUUUCUUGGAUGCUAGACGUCCUGCGACCAGCAGGCCAAAGCGGUUAUUCCAUCGAUGUGGCCAUAAAUAAGUGUGGGAGGUUACGGCAAUGGAGCGAGGCGCUGAACAUUCUAUACGAAGCUUUUCAAUCACGCUCGAAUGUCGGUCUGGGCUGUCACAUGGCAACUGUCGGCGCAUGCAGAGGCAACCAGUGGCAGCGGGCGUUGGCGCUACUCGGCGAGAUGCGAGAGGUGAAGCUGGAGGCAGACUCAGCUAUAGCGCUGGGAUCAGCGCGUGCGAGAAGGGCGAGCAGUGGCAGCAGUCGCUGGCGCUGCUCUGCGACAUGCGGGAGACGAAGCUGGAAUUCGACGGCAUCAGUUGCACCGCUGUGAUCAGCGCGUGCGAGAAAGGCGAGCAAUGGCAGCGGGCUCUUGCGCUGCUCCGCGAGAUGUGGGAGACGAAACUGGUGCCCAACGUCAUCUUCAGCUACAGCGCUGGUAUCAGCGCGUGCGAGAAGGGCGAACAGUGGCAGCGGGCUCUUGCGCUGCUCAGCGAGAUGCAGGAGGCGAAACUGGAGCCCGACGUCAUCUCUACUACAAUGCUGG